GCGCUGAAAGCAGCAGCAGCAGCAGCAGCGACCAAAGCGCGUUCAAAGCUCCAAUACGCUGCAGACAGACAGACAGAUAGAGAGAGAGAGAAAGGUAGAGGGAGAGCGCCUGCCAGCUUUUUGGGGACAGUGUCCCGCACAGAAUUAUUCUCCCAGUGCUAAAGUUGUCGUCGCGCUGUGCAAAGCUCGAAGCUCGUGGGUUGUGUUGCGUCGGAAAUCGGGACAGUCGUCACACCGCCCACCGGCCUCGUCCAGUGCCACGCCACGCCACGCCUCUUGCCCCCCGUCCUGCCGCCCAGCUGCCACAAGGCGGUGUGCGUGCGUGUGUGCGCGUGUUGCCGCCGGUUGUAAAACCCAAAAGAACGGAACAGCACAGCACAGAGGGAAAAAAGUGAAUCAAACUGUUUUUGCAUAAUACCAAUCGAACAGAGAAAUCCAUCUCAAAAACCCCUGGACCAGCCUGGUCUAAUCAAUGUGAGAAACAAACAAACAGCCAGCGGAAUCUCGUAUCAAAUCAAAAAACUAAACAUUCCAACUGGCGCGUAAAUUAAAUUAUAACGACUCACCCAACAAAUCAAAGGCAAAAACAGAAUUGGCUGGAAAUCGCAGACUGGAGGCAGUCUCUGGGGGCGAACGAGGAUUAACUUCUUCUCUGCAGGAGCGAGGAGAGUAUUGUUUAAGGCCAUCAGAAGACAAACAAAGGGCCACGGCCACCCAGAGGACAAAGGGCUGGGGCAAACGUGCAUGAAGUGAAAUCUGGAGGCUAACCAGGCGAUGAGACGAGUGGUCCAUCAAUUACCCCCAGCCAGCGCCCACCUGCCCCGAGUUGUCCAUUAAAACUGAAGAAGGAUUGGAGGAGUUGAGGAGUGGAGGAGUGGAGGACACAACAGGUUGCCUUGGGGGUCACAUAAAUCCCGCCACUGAGUUGAGCCUGAACCCCGAGCCACAUAAGUGGGCGACAAGUACGUGACUUAAUCAGCACACGCAGCAGGAGCCUCCCGGAGCAGCCAGCCAGGAGCAGCUGAGGAGCAGCCACAGGAGCCCACGCGGCUGCACGCUAACGAGGCGACAUCCUGGCCAUUUCGCAAUGAUUUCAUGCACGAGCUCGGCACCCGUCAAAGACCACUGAGCAGCAGCAGCAGCAGCAGCAGCAGCAGCAACAUGACAGAUGUGUCAGCGGCAGCUGGCGGCGCCACAGCUCCGGCGGAGACCGCCGCCACGUCGUCGUCGGCGUCCAAACCGCUGACCAAUGGCGCCAACAAGACAUCAACGGCAAUGGCAGCGCCAACGACAACGCCAACAACAGCUGCCACCGCAGCAGGAGCGGCGGAGGCAGGAGCUAUCGCCUCGGUGGCCGGCAUAAGCAAUCAGGUCAAGUUGGAGCACCACCACCGCCAGAGCAAUAACAAUCGGCCAGUGGCCCCGUACCCGCCCGUGCCCGCUGCCAAGCCCAAGCCCACUCCCACUCCCACAGCCGAAAGCAAAUUCAAGUCUACAUCCCGCGAGGUAGACGUCGCCUUGAGGCCAACACCUGCGAGGAGUUCCACCAUCAGUCCCGGCGUCAGCAUUCACACCCAAACGAUACAGCAGGAGAGUAGCAGCGCCAAGCCGGGGAUGUCCUCGUCCUCGUCCUCCGCCCAGCAGGAUGUCGAUGAGGUGGCGCGUCUGUUCGAAGAGAAGCCGGAGGCCUUCGAGAAAUGGCUGACGGAGCGGGCACCGCCCGAGGCUCUCAGCCGCCUGCAGGAGUUCAUCGAAAGCCGGAAACCGCUGAAACGGCCUUCGGUCACCUCGGAUCUCUUCCAGCAAUGGAUGUCCGCCUCGCCCACAGUGCAGCAGAAAUCGCCGAGGAGCCUGUCGAACUCGUCGGCCUCCUCCACGCUGCCGGAAUGCCGCCGCCAUUUGAUGGACCUGGACGAGGGCGAGCUGUUCAUGGAGCUGAUUCGCGACGUGGCCAAUGAGCUGGACAUCGAUGUGCUCUGCCACAAGAUAUUGGUGAACGUGGGGCUGCUCACCCAUGCGGAUCGCGGCUCCCUCUUCCUGGCCAAGGGCACGCCCCACAACAAGUAUCUGGUGGCCAAGCUCUUCGAUGUAACACAAAAGACAGCACUCAAGGAUGCCGUGACGCGUGCCAGUGCCGAGGAGAUUAUCAUUCCCUUCGGCAUUGGCAUUGCCGGAAUGGUGGCCCAGACAAAGCAGAUGAUUAACAUCAAGGAGGCCUACAAGGAUGCCCGAUUCAAUUGCGAAAUCGAUCUGAAGACCGGCUACAAAACGAACGCCAUCCUCUGCAUGCCCAUCUGCAAUUACGAGGGCGACAUCAUAGGCGUUGCCCAAAUUAUCAACAAAACGAAUGGGUGCAUGGAAUUCGACGAGCACGAUGUGGAGAUCUUCCGCCGGUAUCUGACUUUCUGCGGCAUUGGCAUACAGAACGCCCAGCUCUUCGAGAUGUCCGUCCAGGAGUACAGGCGCAACCAAAUCCUCCUUAAUCUGGCCCGCAGCAUAUUCGAGGAGCAGAACAAUCUCGAGUGCCUGGUCACCAAAAUCAUGACAGAGGCCCGCGAACUCCUCAACUGCGAGCGCUGCUCCGUGUUCCUCGUGGACCUCGACUGCUGCGAGGCGAGCCAUUUGGAGAAGAUAAUUGAGAAGCCCAAUCAGCCGGAGCAGCGCCCCACUCGCGCCAUCAUGCCCGGCGACAGCUUCGACGAGAAGCAGAAAAUGCGCAACCGCUUCACGGUGCUGUUCGAGCUCGGCGGGGAGUACCAGGCGGCCAGUGUGUCCCGGCCCUCGAAGACCGAGCUGAGCACCUCGACCCUGGCACAGAUUGCCCAGUUCGUGGCCACCACCGGGCAGACGGUCAACAUAUGCGAUGUCCACGAGUGGGUGCGGGACCACAACCAGAUACGGGCCGAGAGCGAGAUCGAUAGCACCCAGGCCAUACUCUGCAUGCCGAUUGUGAAUGCCCAGAAAAUUGUGAUUGGUGUGGCCCAGCUGAUCAACAAGGCCAAUGGCGUACCUUUUACCGAAUCGGAUGCCUCCAUUUUCGAGGCCUUCGCCAUAUUCUGCGGCUUGGGCAUCCACAACACCCAGAUGUACGAGAACGCCUGCAAGCUGAUGGCCAAGCAGAAGGUGGCUCUGGAGUGUUUGAGCUACCAUGCCACAGCCAGCCAGGAUCAGACCGAGAAGCUCACCCAAGAUGCCAUUGCCGAGGCAGAGUCCUACAAUCUGUACAGUUUCACAUUUACGGACUUUGAACUGGUGGACGAUGACACCUGUCGGGCCGUGCUGCGGAUGUUUUUGCAGUGCAAUCUGGUCUCCCAGUUCCAGAUACCCUACGAUGUCCUCUGUCGUUGGGUCCUGAGUGUCCGCAAGAACUAUCGUCCUGUAAAGUAUCACAACUGGCGGCACGCUCUCAACGUGGCUCAGACCAUGUUCGCCAUGCUUAAAACUGGCAAAAUGGAGCGCUUCAUGACGGAUCUGGAAAUACUGGGCCUGCUGGUGGCCUGCCUGUGCCAUGACCUCGACCAUCGAGGCACCAAUAACGCCUUUCAGACAAAGACCGAGUCCCCGCUGGCCAUUCUCUACACGACCAGCACGAUGGAGCACCAUCACUUCGAUCAGUGCGUGAUGAUCCUCAACUCCGAGGGAAACAACAUAUUCCAGGCCUUGUCGCCGGAAGACUAUCGCUCCGUUAUGAAGACUGUGGAGAGCGCCAUCCUAUCCACCGACCUGGCCAUGUACUUCAAGAAGCGCAAUGCCUUCCUGGAGCUGGUCGAGAAUGGGGAAUUUGAUUGGCAGGGCGAGGAAAAGAAGGAUUUGCUGUGCGGCAUGAUGAUGACUGCCUGCGAUGUCAGUGCCAUAGCCAAGCCGUGGGAGGUGCAGCAUAAGGUGGCCAAGCUGGUGGCCGAUGAGUUCUUCGACCAGGGUGAUCUCGAGAAGCUGCAGCUAAACACCCAGCCAGUGGCCAUGAUGGAUAGGGAGCGCAAGGACGAGCUGCCAAAGAUGCAGGUGGGCUUCAUCGAUGUUAUCUGCCUGCCACUGUACCGCGUUCUGUGCGACACCUUUCCUUGGAUCACGCCGCUGUACGAGGGAACGCUGGAAAACAGACGCAACUGGCAGGAUCUGGCCGAGAAGGUGGAGAUGGGCCUGACCUGGAUCGAUCACGAUACUAUCGACAAGCCCGUGGAGGAGUUUGCCGGCUGUGCCGACGAGGAGAUCAAGGACAUUGAAUUCACGGUGACCACGCUCAACUGCAAUCAGCAGGCGCAGCAUGGGGCAGGUGCAGGCGGCGAUGACAGCCACACGCCGGAGCAUCAGCGCAGCGGCUCCCGGCUGAGCAUGAAAAAGACCGGCGCCCUGGGCAAGGCCGUCCGCUCGAAGCUCUCGAAGACGUUGUACAACAGCAUGGACGGCUCCAAGCCGAAGACCUCGCUGAAGCUGCUCGAGUCGCAUGUGAGCGAGGACAUGGACGACAAGAGCCCGACGAGUCCUUCACAGCCGCCGCAUGCCGGCGGAAGCGUGGGACGCAUGUCCGCCUCGUCAUCCACCUCGUCCGCCGGCACCGUGGUGGACAAGUCGAAGAAGCGCUCCAAGUUGUGCUCGCUCUUAUGACGAAAGCCCUCCAAUUAGAAUAUGGCGACUCCCUCCAGCACCUCUGGCAGUGAGACUGACAAGUGCGGAGGGGGGCUGACCGAGUUCUAAUUGGAGCGCAUAUGAUCCCGACAAAUGACUAUUUUGAGCCAUCCUUUGAAGCAUGAUCUAAGUUCUGAGUGUACUCUAGGGUACUCUACCCUAUCCACUCGAUCUACCUGUAUCUACUACUAUUUGUAUGUCUUUAAGUGGAGAACUAUCCAAUCCAAUCCACAAUAUCCCACAAAAAUACCACGCGAUGAGAAGGUGGACUCGGAGGAGUAGGAAGCAAAUGCAGUUGCAAUAUUAACAUAAGUGAAUGUCAAAAUAUGUGAUCUAUUUAAGGUCCCGAAGGUGCGAAGCCCACGCGUUGAACCUUUUGGUGGUUACACUCUAUCUCUAUCUAUCUAUAUCUCAAGUUCCGUGUCUCUGUCGCUAACUGACUCUGAACUAUAGUUAUCCUGUAAGCUCCAGUACUCAAGUAGAUGGAUCAAUUUAAGUAUCUGUAUGUAUGUAGUUCCCCUAACCAAAUCGUGCUAGUCAAACGUAUGAAAUACUAUACCUAUAACACGCCUAAAUAUUUAAGUAGAACUCUUUUAGUCUUUAAGCUGCAAUUCGUGAGGCUAUGCGAGAUCAGGCAUCGAUGUAUCCCAAUAACUACUAAACUAAUAUACAUAUAUGUAUGUAAAUGCACAUACUGUAUGCGAACUAUAGCAAUAUUAUAUGAUAUUUCCCCCCACCCCACCCGAAAGAACACCAAAAAAAACAAAAGAAAAGUAAAAUAAUGAUUCCACACUCUACUAGUGUGAAUUGUGAGCACAGCACAAAUAUUGAGAAUAUCAAUACGAAAUUGAAACUUAGACACAAACAAAAGGCGUACGCAAAUUGUUCUUAAUAUUCAUCCACAAUCCGCAAUCCGUUUAAUUGUAUAAAUAGAUAUACGCGAGCACUCGUACAUAAAGAUAAACAUAAAUAUUAAUAUGGACGCCAGUCAAUUUUUGAACUCGAAACUCAAAUAAAAAACGAUACUCUUGUCAUAUACUCGUUUGUAUGUCUGCGCACCGCGCUCGGUAAAUAUACAAUAGAUACUCGAAUGCUAAUGAGUAAUACGAUCGGUCCUCUUCACACCUCUUCUACUUAUUGUAGUUGCUGCUAAGAAGUUUACUUUAUCUUCGUGUGUAUUGUACAGAGCGAACUACGAGUAUAUAGAACAUAAUCGAACUAUGUAUAUGUAUAUUCGGACAUUUAUUUGAAAUGUUUAUACAAUAUGUAACUAUUAAAGUAUUGUGUAACUACAACUGAAUUGCUUAGCGUUACAGUGUUUAAGAGCCGCCAUCUCAUUUUCUCAUUUUUUUCCCAUUUAUCCGCGUGUGCUAAGAUGGCUUUCUUAAGAUCAAACUCGAAAUGUUAAAUCAAUAAACAAACAUGUAUUUUUCUAGUUAAUCUGCCGCUCGCUUGAAAAUCAAAAUCCAGACAACUUUACGAAUAGCUAUUUCUUUUGUGACAAAUUAAUUGUGUAUACUUCAUAAUCAUUUCGUUGGUUGUUUCUGUUCCUAAGAUUUAUUCACCUUUAUUUACAAUACCUAAAUAUGUAAGACUUG